AUGAAGUUCACCGUGACUUGCCUCGUCUCCUCCGUUAACUCGUCCCUCCUGGCAGAGAGCGAGGCAGUGACGAAGGAAAUUACGGUGGCCAACCCGAGGGCGACUGUGCAGAACCUGCGCGCCACUGUCGCCAUCCAGUUUCGGCUCAAGGUUGUGGCCUUUGAGUUUCGCUUUGAUCGCCACGAGGGCGACUCAGCGGCGCCAAGCUCAUCUCCGUCUGCGGCAUCCGCGGCGGUGGACUUUGAUGACGAGAAGAAGCUGCUGACGGAGUGCGGGUUGCGGGAAGGCGAUCACUUGACGGUGGUGCCGAAGAAUUACAGCUCGCUGAGCGCGGCCGGUGCGGCAGCGGUGGCGGCGAAUGAGGCCUCGCCAUCCGAGGGCCCCGCAGCGAAGCGUGUACGUAUCGAGUCGAGGGGCGAGGUGGACGCCCCCGUCGUCACUGCGAACGAGGAUGAGGACGUCGAGGAGGACGAGAGCGAACUAGACGAGGAGGACGACGCGGAUGACUCCGAAGAGGACGGCGACGCCACGGGGCAGAACGACUUGUUCGCUGCCUUGCGGGAAGUGGUUCCAGAUCUAACGGUGCUGCGGCAGGAGUUCCUGGCCAACCCGCAGGCCGUGAUGGAGCGGAUCGAGCGGAACCACCCCUCCCUCUUCCAAGUGAUUGUGCAAAACCAGGAGACCUUUGUUACGCUCAUGAACAAUGAGCAGCUCACCAAGGCCGCGCAGAGCAUGCUGCACGACGGCACCAUAUGUGGCGACGAGGAUGAGGAGGGCUCGCUGGUGUGGUCCAUGGGGGAGGAGGAUGAGGAGAUGGACGAGGAGACGGCGGAGCAGAUGAGUGCGCUGUUUCAGAGCUACAUCACCUCCGCGGCCCGCAGCGGCGACAGCGGCGACUUUGACGCGGCCGACCUUGCUGAACUGGAGGCGAGCGGGAUGCAGGUGGAGGAGGUGGGCGACGGCGACGGCAACGCCAGCGGCAGCGCACGCAUUGGCAAGGCGAAGCGGCAGUCAGACAAGGAAUUCAUCCUGUCCCGGGUCCCCUCUGAGGAGGAUGAGAAAAAGAUCCAGGCUCUGACGGAGCUGGGCUUCACCUACGAACAGUGCAAGGUUGCCUUCUACGUGUGCCACCGCAGCAUCGACCGUGCAUCGAACAUGCUCUUUGAAGCCCCACCAGAGAUUUGA